AUGCCCAUUGUAAAACACCCCAGGGCUACAGAGCCUCUCUGGCAUGAAUGGGACAGGAAAGCACAGAAAUGUGGAUUAAGACACACGGUCUAUGCUGUAAAUGGGGAUCAGUAUACUGGUGAAUGGCUGGACAACUUGAAACACGGUAAAGGCACCCAGGUAUGGAAAUGCACCGGAGCUAUUUAUAGCGGUGACUGGAAGUUUGGGAAGAGGGAUGGUUAUGGCUCAUACAGCAUUCCUGACCCUGUAACCAAGGAAUACAAGAAGGUGUACACAGGCUGGUGGAAAAACGACCGAAAAUGCGGCUACGGGGCGAUGUUUUACCCCGGCGGGGAGCGCUACGAGGGUGAGUGGAGCGGUGGGCAACGGAGCGGCUGGGGACAGAUGUACUACCGGGAUGGCUCCAUCUACAAGGGGCAGUGGCUGGAGGACCAGCCCGACGGGCAGGGGAUGCUGCGGCUGCCAAAUGAAAAUCGGUACGAAGGAGGUUGGAAAGAUGGAAAGAAGCACGGCCCAGGGAAAUUUUUCUACCUGGAUAAGGGACAGUUGUUUGAAGGUAUCUGGGCAGCAGAUACACCAAAAUGUGGCAUUCUGAUUGACUUUGGCAGAGAUGAAGCUCCUGCCCCUACUCAGUAUCCAAUCCCAAAGAUUGAACUAGCUGAUCCAGAUGGUGUUUUAGCAGAGGCCCAGGCGAUGUUUGAUGACAGCCAAAGUUAA